GGGCGACAGGCAGCGAAGCAAAAGGCGGCUACGGAACCUGCCAAGUGCCAAUCGCACGCCGCCACCGCCGCCGCCGCCGCCGCCAGCUUCAUAUCUGCAUCGCAGCCUCACACAGUCGCAACAACAUUCCAAGAGCGGCAGAGGAGACCGAGACCGAGAGGGGAGCAAAAGAGCUCCGCUUCGAUCGCCCUUCUCCGCCGAAUUGGCCGUGGUCUCGUCGCCGUUGAGGUACUUCUGCCUAUUAUAAUCAUGCAUCAAGCACUUCACACAUACCUGGUGUUUAUUUUCAGGAUAAGAAGCAUUGCAUAAUUGUGGAUCCUAAAAGGAGAACAUGGGUCUCUUACAGCUCUUCACCACAGCAUGUGUGCCAGUAUUUAAUAUGCUUCUGGUGACUGGUGUUGGGUCGUUCUUAGCAACUGAUUUUGCUGGCUUACUAAGCAAAGAAGCAAGAAAACAUUUGAACAAUAUAGUAUUUUACGUAUUCAAUCCAUCCCUUGUUGCAAUCUAUUUGGCAAAAACAAUCACCAUGGAAAGCUUGGCUAAACUGUGGUUUAUGCCAGUGAAUAUUCUUCUAGCUUUUAUCUUCGGUUUAUUCUUCGGAUGGAUAGUGGUAAAAGUUACAAGAGCGCCUGCGAAGUUAAGAGGCCUCAUUUUGGGUUGUUGUUCUGCUGGCAAUUUGGGCAAUAUCUUUCUCAUCAUCAUUCCAGCUCUUUGCAAAGAGAAGGGAAGCCCGUUUGGAAACCCUGAUGUUUGCCAGACUUAUGGACUAGCAUAUUCUUCACUGUCAAUGGCUAUUGGAGCUGUGUUUCUAUGGUCGAUUGUGUAUAAUAUUGUCCGUGUCACGUCGAAUGUGACCGAAGGAGAUGGCAGUGCUCAAACAAAAGUGUUAAUUUCAGGAAGUGCUACAGAUAAUAUUGCAGAAGAGAGCUCCUCAGCCUCAAAUGAUCACAUCGAUGAAUGUACACUGCCAUUGAUAUCCACAAACACACCUCCAACCAAAUAUAAGGUUCCGUUGGUGGAGAGAACGUGGAAGUUUUUGUCAUCAGCUUUCAAAACAGUUGACUUGAAGAAGCUCUUUGCUCCUUCAACCAUAGCAGUGAUUGUUGGGUUCAUUAUUGGAGGAACACCUUUCAUCAGAAAUGCUAUAAUCGGAGACACUGCCCCUCUUCGUGUAUUGCAGGAAUCCGCUGAAUUGAUAGGCGGAGGGGCAAUUCCAUCUGUCACAUUGAUAAUGGGAGCAAACCUUCUCAACGGAGUACGAGGUCGAGGAAGCGUCCAGCCGUCGGUGAUUGCCGGCGUCGUGGUUGUCAGAUACGUCCUGCUCCCUCUGCUCGGCACCGCGCUGGUGAAGGGAGCCGUCCGACUGGGCCUCGUCCAGCCGGACCCUCUGUACCAGUUCAUCCUCCACCUGCAGUACGCCGUGCCGCCCGCGAUGAACAUCGGGACUAUAAUGCAGCUGUUCGGCGUGGGGGAGAGCGAGUGCUCCGUGAUCUUCGUGUGGGUGUACGCGCUCGCGUCCGUGUCCGUCACCGUCUGGUCCGCCUUCUUCAUGUGGACGCUGUCGUGAGCCAGGACCUGGGGGUGCCUGGGCAUCGGAACGCGGCGAGGCCGGAGCGUGUGCGUCAGUGUCUCCCUGUACCGCGUCGCUGGAAAUAAAAACACCUCUGGUUUGUUCGUUUGC